AGCCUUCCUGGGAAGAUGCAGCCACUCCUGUUCCUGCUCCUGUUGGCCUUUUCACUGCCCCCCAGGGCAAAGGCUGGGGAGAUCAUCGGGGGCCAUGAGGUCAAGCCCCACUCCCGCCCCUACAUGGCAUUUCUUCAGAUCUGGGACCAGGAUGAUCAAAAAAGGUGCGGUGGGUUCCUGAUUCGACAGGACUUUGUGCUGACAGCCGCUCACUGCUGGGGAAGCUCAGUCAACGUCACCCUGGGGGCCCACAACAUCAAGGAUCGGGAGAGGACCCAGCAGGUCAUCCCGGUGAGAAGAGCCAUCCCCCACCCAGGCUAUAAUGAAAAGAACUACUCCAAUGACAUCAUGUUACUAAAGCUGGAGAGAAAGGUCAAGCAGACUGCAGCCGUGAGACCCCUCAGCCUGCCCAGGGGCAAGGCCCGGGUGAAGCCAGGACGGGUGUGCAGUGUAGCCGGCUGGGGGCAGGUCGCUCUGGGCACGUACUCAGACACACUGCAGGAGGUAAAGCUGACCAUACAGAAGGAUCAAAAGUGUGAACUCUACUUACACAAUUAUUACAACAAUGCCAUUCAGCUGUGUGUGGGGGACCCGAAGGAAAACAAAGCUUCCUUUAAGGGGGACUCCGGGGGCCCUCUGGUGUGUAACAAUGUGGCCCAGGGCAUUGUCUCCUAUGGACAAAAAAAUGGGUCACCUCCACGGGCCUGCACCAAAGUCUCAAGUUUCCUGCCCUGGAUAAAGAAAACCAUGAAAAGCCUCUGA